AGAGGAAGUGGAGGAAGUCAGGCGAGGAGGAGGCAUGUCACGAGGAGGCAGGGAUGAGGGGCACAGACAAUUAGGCAAAAUGGCUGGACGACCCACAGGAGACAGACAGAUACAACCCGGCAACAUCGGGCACACAGUAAACCCUUAUUCGUCCAACCAUGGACCCACCCAUCAACAGCCRGCCAAUCAGCAGCAGCAGCAGAAGAGGCUGAGAGAGCAUAGCUCCAGCAGGGCGCCGUCAGAGGACGCCCACAUCGCCAUGAUGGUGUUCCGCAUCGGCAUCCCCGACAUCAAACAGACGAAGUGUUUGCGGUUCAACCCGGAUGCGACCGUUUGGAAGGCCAAGCAGCAGGUGCUAUGUUCUCUGACCGAUUCGUUGCGGGACGUGUUGAACUACGGCUUGUUCCAACCAGCCACCGAAGGCCAUGACGCCAAGUUCCUGGAGGAGGAGAAGAUGCUGAGAGAGUACCCACAAUCCUUUGAGAAGGGGGUACCAUAUCUGGAGCUCUGCCAGUCUGAAGAAGUUCAUGACUACAUCCACAGUGGCUCUGUGGACAAGAUGGCCAAGUUCUUGGACAAAGGGCUUGACCCCAACUACCAGGACCCUGACACGGGAGAAACCCCCCUGACGUUGGCAGUGCAGUGUGAGCCGGGGGGAGGGGAGGCCAUACGGGGGCUGUGCUGGGAGGGGCUCAUCUUGGAUUUCAGGUCCAAGGACGGACUCACACCUCUACACAAGGCUUGUAUGUAUGUGUGUCUACUGGUGUGUCCCUAUGACCUUGCUGUCUCUGGUGCGUCUCCGGACUAUAAGGACCGGCGGGGGCUGACUCCGCUCUACCACACUGUGCUGACAGGGGGAGACACCUCCUGCUGUGAGACCCUGCUCCACCACCGCGCCACUGGCGUCAGGGACGAGAACGGCUGGGAUGAGACACACCAGGCCUGUCAGAAUGGCAACGCCCAGCAUCUGGAGCACCUUCUUUUUUACGGGGCAGACUCCACUUCCCAGAAUGCCUCAGGAAACACUGCCUUGCACGUUUGUGCUUUAUACAACAAGGACAGCUGUGCACGAAUUCUACUUUACAGGGGAGCCAAUAAAGACACAAAGAAUAACAGUGGGCAGAACCCAUUUCAGGUGGCUGUCAUGUCCGGACAUUUUGAGCUAGGAGAGAUUAUCAAAAACCACCGGGACACAUAUAUGCGAGAGAGUGCGCCGCGCACCCUGGCGCUGCCCACCCUACCCCUUCCUGCGUGCCAACAGGCGGGGUCUGUCAGCAGCAAUACGGUUAUGGCWGCAGGGGGCCAGCGGAGGCGUCUCUACAGCGCCGUCCCAGGACGUGUGUUUGUGGCCACGCGCUCCCACUCKGCCCAGGGAGACAGAGAGAUUAGCAUCAGCAAGGGAGACAAAGUCAAAGUGCUGAGUGUGGGCGAGGGAGGSUUCUGGGAGGGCACGGUUAAGGGACGGACCGGCUGGUUCCCCUCAGACUGUGUAGAGGAAGUGGCAGUCCGUAGCCAGGACAACCGCUCAGAGAGCCGCAGUGAGAAAGCCAAGAGACUGUUUCGUCAUUACACCGUGGGCUCCUACGACAGCUUCGACGCUCCCAGUGACUACAUCAUCAAGGAGAAGACAGUGCUUCUGCAGAAAAAAGACAGUGAGGGUUUUGGCUUUGUGCUGAGAGGAGCCAAGGCUCAGACCCCCAUCGAGGAGUUCACUCCCACCCCAGCCUUCCCAGCACUGCAGUACCUGGAGUCUGUCGACGAAGGAGGCGUGGCCUGGAGAGCCGGUCUGAGAAUGGGAGACUUCCUCAUUGAGGUGAAUGGUCAGAAUGUGGUGAAGGUGGGACACAGGCAGGUGGUCAACAUGAUCAGGCAAGGUGGAAACGCCCUCAUGGUCAAGGUUGUCAUGGUAACACGCAACCCUGACAUGGAGGAUGGCCAGAGAAAGAAAAUCCCCCAGCAGAGUAAAAGACUAACCACUCCGGCCAUCGCUCUCCGCUCCAAAUCCAUGACCUCAGAACUGGAGGAGAUGGGUAAGACAUGGGGGAGACGGGUUGGGUUCUGGGUAGAGACAGGAAAGACAGAAGGACAGAGGAGGAAAGGGAGACCAGGAAUACACAGAGAGGGAAAGAAUAAGCUAGAUGAGAUCCUGGCAGCAGCUCAGCAGACAAUCAGCACCAAUGAGGGGCAAGGGACGCGGGGUCAGGGGACAAGGAGAGACAGGAGCCGGGGCUCCUUUUACGCCAAUGAGCCAAAUUACGACCAAUCAGAAAUGGGGAUGACAGGGCUGGGCUAUGACCGCGCCCAGUUCACAUCAGGCCACGCCCCUCCACACGGUAUGCUGCGACAGAAAUCCAUCGGGGUGACUGAAGAGGAGAAGUCCCAUCUCAAUCCUCCAGCCAUGAAGUUUGCCCGAAGUCUCUCGGUUCCCGGCCCAGAUGACAUCCCCCCGCCSCCCACCACCGCCCCGCCAGACCCCCCCUUCUCCUCRGCCCCACCCCUGGGCUGGAGAGGGMGCAAGUCUUCCCAGCAGCCCUCMGUGGCCGUGUCCCAGUCCACRUCCACGGCAGCCCACUACCAGCUCUACUCUCAGUCUGUGCACUUCACCCACGGGGGCCGCGAAAGGGCAGGGGGGUCCAGUACCGGCGCUGGAGGAGGAGGGGUGGACCACACGCACCAGUACUCUAAUGCCCCCGCCCACUCCGCUCAGAGCAGYACUGCCRCUAGGAAAGGGGGCUACCCAGGGGAGCCUGUUGGAUCAGGAGGGGGAGGAGGAGUGGGGGGGGGCAAGGCUGCAGGUCUAAGGAGGGGCUACAGUAARGCCGCCCCACCUUCAGGCAGUGCCACAGUGAUGCCCCAGCAGCAACAGACCACCCAGAGCCAGCAGCAGAGGGCAGACCGCAGUGCGGCUGGGGGGGCUGGAGAGGGGGUACCUAAAGGAGGGGGGGCGCGGAGAGGGAAGGGCCCUCUGGUGAAGCAGUCCAAGGUGGAGGACCUGCGGGCUGGCCAGGGCACGCUGGGGGGCAAGGCCCCAYUGGAGAAGAGCUCCAUCCCCAUCCCCACCAUCAUAGUCAAGGCCCCCUCCAUCAGCAGUGGCAGUGGCCGCAGCAGCCAGGGCAGCAGUGUGGAGGCUGAGCCCACCCCACCAGYGGAGACUGACAGAACCCAACCCCUCCACGGACCCCCUUCCACCCCAGCCCCGCAACCCCCUGCUCCUCCCUCCAUCCCGGCCCCUCCACCGCCCUCCCUCCGAGGCCAGGAUAGUGACUUCACCAGCCAGUUUGGGGCGGCCAUCGUGGGCGCAGCCCGCCGGGACAGGGAACGCUUCCAUGAGGCCCGCAGGAAGAGCGCCUCCAUCUUCAUGUCUGCCGAGGAGGAGGUGGMGCCAGGGGGYGYAGGAGGAGGAGGGMCAGGCAGGACUCAGGCCUCCCAGCAGCAGCAGUUCAGCCCCCAGCCCGGUGGCCCCUCCCCACGCCUCCGGCCCUCCAAGUCCAUCGACGAGGGCAUGUUCUCUGGGGACACCUUCAUCCACCACACCCGCAGCAUGCCCCCUGCCUUCGGCCUSCCAGAGUACUCCUCCCCGGCUCCAGACUACCAGCCCAAGUCUGUUCCGGCUGACUUCUACGGGMCSUCAAGCCGGCAYCAGCAGCAGGUCCCCUCUGGCACCACCUUCAUCCACCCCCUGACAGGAAAGGUCCUGGACCCCUCGUCCCCCCUGGGCCUGGCCCUGGCUGCCAGGGAGCGGGCCCUGAAGGACGACGGCAGGAUGAGGAGGGAGAGAGGGACCGAGCACCAGUUUGUACGACAGAUGUCCAGUGUGGUGGCAUUCCCCUCCCAGGCCACCUCCCCCACGCCGMCUUCCUCAGGCACCCAUUCCUCCAGCUCCUCCUACCUGGUCACCUCCUCCUCCCUAGCCGCCACCACCUCCUCCACUGGCCGACCCCCCUCCCCCAGGAUCCUCAGGGGUGCAGGCUGGGGCGAGGAGGGGGGAGGAGGGGAGCGGGAGAGGGAGGGUGGCGGGGCCAGAGAGGGGCUGAGGGUGCGCUUCUCUGAGGACAAAACAGUCCACACGCAUCACUACCAGUCCCAGCACUACCAACCCACCUACAGGGAGGAAAGACGGCCCCCAUCCUACCGUGGUCACCCUACCAUCUCCUCCACUGCAGCCUCCUCUGGCCCCUUCCGGGGCUCUGCAGCCCUGACCUCCACCGCUCCCUGUACCACCACCACCACCACCACCACCGCUGCCACCACCACGAGGACCUCAGUCCAGCCCCACCAGGACAGGACACACCCAGCCCCCUCUGGUUCUACAGCGGCCGGCCGCAGGAUAGGGGAGCACCACCCUCACCCCACAGCCAAGGCAGGUGAGUCCCAGGAGACGGUGGUGGACUCUGGGAUAGAGGAGCUGGACAGCCGCAGCAGCAGUGACCACCACCUGGACAACAUCCUGGCCAUGAGCGGAGGAGCCAGAGAGAGGCUGGAAGAGAGGCAGGUUCAGGGAGGGGGGCCGAGCGGCCGAACUACGCAGAGAGACCAGUACCGCCCCGCCCUCCUUCCAGUCACACAGACGGAGGGAGGAUGA